UCGAAACAACACAGCAGCCAGCGAGACUUUCUAACCGAGCUGAGUUAUUAGAACAAUAAAUUGUUGUUUUAGAGCUGAGAUUGUAGUUUAUUCUGCUAAAUUCAUUAUGGCUGAUGAUUACUACGAUGAUGAAGUUUUACUAGAGAAUUCUCCACUGAGUCAAUAUCUCAGAGAAGCUUGUCCUGACCAGGAGUUUGACACUGUCCCCUCUGCACGCAAGUCUGUACAGCCUGUAGUGGAGAAGAAAAUCUAUACCGCCAGUGGGUUUGUUCAUGCCACUCAGGAACUAAUGUGGAGGUUCUUCCAAUGGCUUUAUCCUUCAGUUAUUGAACACGUAAACGCAACGUUUGUUCACGAGUAUUCGGCACUGGCCUUAGAGAGUAGAUGUUUAUUUGACUCAGAUAAGCAGAUUGUGAGCGCUUAUUAUCCUAAGAUUGGUUUAAGCAAAUCUCACGGUGUAUCACUAGCUUCGUACAACAGGAUAUGGUUCUUUGGUUUCUGCUGUCUGUUUUUUCUGUGUAUCGACCUGGGUGCCUGUGUCCAUCUUUUACCAGCAAGUUUAGCGUCUAGUCUUCCACACCUACCUGUAGUACUCAGUUUUAAUCCCAUCUUGCGAGUGGCUUGUUAUUUGUACACGCCUUUCUUAAUCCAUCUCUUAUGGACCGUCUUCACCCUGAAGAGGCGCCACAAGAAAGGCAUAGGAUGUAUGAAGCAAUGUCUACGGCUGUUAGACCAACAGGGCGUGCUAUUGAGAAAGUGUAUUCGCUACAUACAGGAGGUGGAGGUGAUCUCAAGGGGAUUUACAAUGGUUACUCCUUACACACCAAUCAUUCGUCUUGAAAACUCAUCAUCUUCAACAACACGUCGACAAUGUGCCGUUCUACGCCAGUCAUGUUUCACUGCAGCAAAGUGUCAGUUCAGUGUACUACGUGAUGCAACGUUGGCAGGAAUGAGGGAACUUCCGUUACUAGCAGAGAUUGACCACGUCAGCAAUUAUUUGGCUACAGUGGACUUACAGACCAUAGCUCCUUGGUUUAAGCACUCUGAGGAUGAUGAUGAAGAACUCCAGGACACUAUUGCCGAGUUUACUAGUCAUUUCUCACUCUCUGCACUUAAGGCAAUGAACAGCCUCUUCUGUGAGCAGAGGUCAGAGUUCAUACGAAGACUAGUAUUGAGUAUAAGUCCUGCUGCAUUAUUAUCAGAUCAAACUAUAGGUAAGAGUGUUCUAGAAUCUUGGACAAGCAUCGUAUGUGGCGUCAAUGACUCGUGUGAAGCGAGUCUCAGCAAGCUACAGCGAAGUUAUGACUGUCAUCGACAGAGACCAAGUCACAACAGAGAACAAUUGCCCUCAGAUAUACAGACGCAUGCCAAGGAUGGUGUACCAUCACAGCAUAGAGUGAUCAAUGCUGUUCGUAGUUUAAGACUUCAUCUGGAGGCAACUCUGAACAGAGUGAUUUCAGUUGAAGAUGCUUUGGAAGAAGCUGAUGGCUCAGUCACGAAGGAGAGCAAGGUCGGAUGCCUUACAACCGAAAUGCUAGAUGCUGUCAAAAGGGAACUCACUGCAUCUCAAGAUUGCCUUCAAGAAGCAUCCUCAUCACUUGAGAAGAUGAAUGACAAACAUCAAGGUACUACGCAUGGUCGUCAAGAUGUUGAAGAUGAUGCAGAUGAGCAAAAAGAUGGGAUUCAAGACAACAGAAUUCCAAUUCCGUUGCUACCGAUGGGCACUGAAAUAGAGUUUGAUGACCAGGUUUUUGAGGCCUACACGGAGAACGAGCCGUGGGAACGCUUCGAUGAAGAUGACUGGGGAGAAGGGAUCUCAGAACAAGAAAAAUUGAAACGUCGAAGAGAGGCUGAAGAAACCAAGAGACUGCUUCAGGAACUACGCUCUGUCCUGUCAGUCAGAAAAGCCGAGCGGGAACAUAUGAAAUUAAACCGUGCCAGGACUGAUGCUGAAACUAACAACCCAACUCCAUCCAAUGAGGUCUUACAAAGUAAACUAGAUCCCAAUGUGGGUAUCGAUAAUACCGGACUAGAAUGUAGAACGUCUGAGGAUGCUGUCGAUGGAAGAGGUCUUCCAAAGGAGGACGGUGAGCGUCAAGAAUCAAGUGCAACAGCUUCCGCUGUUCAUGCUGUUGGUGGAGACAUGUCCACGUCUUCAACUAGAUCCGAGGAUCAGUGUGAAUUAGGCGAUAAAGAUGCCAUGAACGAAUCCGAGAGCGAGUCUAAACUUAUCCAUGACUCCAAACAGACUAAACCAGAAUCUGUUAAUGAAACGACAAAUCAUCAAUCAUCAAACAAUGCUGAUCAAGAAACGGCUACCUGCGGAUUUAGAGACUCUAGUAAGUUGGCAAUAGCAGAAGAUGAGGAACAGCCGACACGGUUGAGGUUGCCAUUUAAUUUCCUGCAAUCUUUAGCAGCUGAAGCGGCCACGAAGUCUGGACUUCAGGCUGAGGAAAUGUUUAUAGGUAGCGAUGAGGAAAGUGAUGAGUAGCAUGAAUGCAACCUGGGACAUCGGUCAUGCUUCGCCAUCCUCAUCGAGCUUAUGCAUGGGGUGGGGGGGGGGGAUGGAAACUUGCUAGCCAAGCAUGUAAGGCAAGGGUUGGGGGAGAUCUUCAAUAACUCCAUAAUUACAUUAUUGAAAAGAAGUGCCAUUUAAUUAUAACACUUAUUAAAGGGAAGGUACACGUUUGGUAAUUACUCAAAACACAUAAUAUUGACUUAAAAACUGACUUGGUAACG